AUGUCAUCCUAAUCUGAAAUAAAGAAACGAUAUUGCUAAAUUCACAAAUUAGAAAUCAUUGUUGUAGAUUUAAAAUCAUCAACAAAACAGGAAGAUAAGUAUUUAUAAGCAAAGUGUCUAUACUAAAAAAUAGAUAAUUAAAACUUUGCAUUGCUUACAGAGACUAUUGACAUGAUUUAAGAUAUGAAGACUUAAGCCUUGAAAGUUAACAAAGAGGAGAAUCAGAAUAGACUUAAUAAUAUGAAAUAAUUAUAGUCUUCUUUAUUAGAAUUCAAGGAUUAAUGAAGAGUGCUUUAUCAAAAAUAUUAAAUAAUAUUGAGUAAUAGAUAAAUCAGAUUGAAAAAGAAGUUGAUUCAUAGGAAUUUAAGCUAGAAAUAAAGAAUUUAGACGAAGAUGUUGAAAUUCUAUCAAAUAAUUAUAAAGGUAAUUUUAAUUACAUUAUACCUGUAUAAUAAUCUAGUUUAGAAAACGACAUCAAGUUUGUGGAUUCUUUGCAUUAAAUUCUAAAUUCAAUAUAGAAUUCUUAAUAAUAUACCUAGAUUAUGGGUUCAAUAGAAUGCAUUGAAUCGAAAAAAAAACUCAGAAGAAUCGUAAGUAAAUCGGACUUCUUUGAGAGAAUUUGAUUAACACGUAUUAUAUCAAACUAUUAUAGAAAGCUCCUUAUGUGUAUCAAUAGUGUAAUAAGCAUUGUUAGAAGAUCAUGAUGGUAAACGUUAAUUAAGACUUAAGUCGAUUUGCUUGUGUUGUUUGUGUUUAAGAAUUUCCAAAAUAAUAUAUAACGUUAGAAGAAGCAAACAAGAGAUGGAAUUUAUAAAAGGAAUAAUAAAAAGAUUUAAUUAAUUAAUAUAAUUUAAAAAGAAAAAACUAAUAUAAUAAUUCUGUAUAGAUCAUCAAGAAAUUAAAAGACAAUUAUUAAACUCUUAACGAAAUACUUAUUUCAUUAGAUAAAUAAAUGUAGAAUAGCUCUAGCGAUAUCUUCUCAACUAAUAAGUUCAAUAAUAAGAAUUUAUUUUUAUAGGAUGAAAAAAAAAUAUAAUAGAUAAUCAAAUUAUUAAUUUCUAAAGAUUAUACUAACCAUAUUAAAGAAAAAUAAGAAAAACAAGAUUAAUCAGAUCUUUUGUUUUAUUCAAAUUUAAAGACUAGGUUGGAAAACCUAAUGAAGGAAGAUUUGUUAUGCAAAUAUUAAAUAAACAAAAACUUAAAUAGAUAUCAAUAAAUUGGUAUAUUAUAAUAAAUAUUAUUAGUUAAUUAAAUAAAAGAUGAUAAUAAAAACGCUUUAAAUUUUUAAUUACAUGAAUUCAUACUAAAAAGUUAAAUGUAGGAUCUAUAUCUUAUUGUUUUAAAUGAGUCUGUGUAAUCAUUUAAAGAGCUUUAAAAUAUAUAUGAGGCACUAUAAAAAAAUGGACAAUUACAACAAAUUAUGGAAAUAUAACAAGAAAAAUUAUAAGUUAAAAAUUUAUUUCAAUUAUUUGAGCAUAAUUAUAUCAGAAUGAAGAAAUUAAUAAUGGCUAAAGAAAAUGAGUAAUAAUUAGAUUAAGUAACUUAACAGAAAUAAUAAUUAUUAAUUUAGAUAAAAGAGCUAAAUGAUAGAAAUAAUUAGUUUUUCUAAAAAAUCAUUUAAUUAGAAUUAGAAAUAAAUUAGAUUAAUGUGUUAUUUAACUGCAAAUUAAACGAAAAAAAAUGGAAUUAGAAAAAUCAAUAUUAGAAAUAAGAGCUUGUUAAUUAGAGAUGGAAGAAUUUAAAAUACUAAUUCAGUAAAACAAAAGAUUUAAAUAAUUAAAUUUUAAACUUAAACUCAAAUAUAAAAAAGAAAUGA